AUGGAACCCAAGCUAACACGGCAUACGUCAACCAAUCUCGAGGAGCUGAAUGAAAAGAUUGCACAACUACUCAAAGAUCCAGCAGAAGCAUUGGAUAACUCGCCCAUCAACAUUGAUACCAUGACGCUGUCAGAGUUGAAAGAGUUUGCAGAAAAAGGUGGAUUGGGUGCCUGUGUCUCAAAAGCAGAUGUGCUGGCAACAACGCCUCAAGAGCUCAUGUACCUUCAGGGAGAACGCAUCAUUGUACUAAAGCAUAUUGAAAAUGACAUUUAUAUGGGAUAUUGUGAGGGUGUCAUUGGCAACUUUAAUGCUGAGAGUGUGCAUUUCGUCGAGUUGGAUCCCCGUGUGUUGGAAUCACUAGACGCAGAUUUAGACUUUGCGACAGAUCACUCACAGUAUAGAAAUUCAGCGAGUAGCUAUGGCACAACAGACCAUCCUUACUAUCAGCAGCAGCAGCAGCAGCAGCAGCAACAGCAACAGCAAGGAUUUACAUUUAGAGAUUCAUUACAGUCCUACUCUUCCAGCUCAGAUCAUCAUCAGCAUCAGCAACCACAUCACUCUUCUGUUGGACAGCCUCACUGGGCUUCGGGAAAGCCUAGUUUCGAGAGCUUUGGCACCAACAACUCAUCCUCCAUCUCACACUUGCCUAUUCAACAGCAAUCCACGUAUUCAGAUCAACAACUGAGCAAUGACGAUCCAUACGACACUUCAGCCUUCAACAUUAAUUAUUCAGACCAAGAAGAUGAAAAUCUACAACACUAUCCAACAGCAGCUAUGCCUCCAUUACCUAAAUCAAACACGAAAUAUGUUGCGUCGCAUGAAUCAGAUAGAAUCUCGACAGAUCAAGACGAGAGUCCAGCAGCAGAAGCAUCCUCAUCAGAAGAAGAGCAAGAACAGGAAAUACCUAUUGCAAACAUGUCUGUGGAUGAGUACGGUUUUGUUAUCAAGCCAAACCACGCCAGAUCCCGCGGGGGCUCCAUACGAUCCAACAUGACAUCCAAACUCAUCAAGGAAUACAGAGAAAACGAGCUCAAGUGGCUCUCCAUUGUCAACAAGCUGGAUGCGGGCACUGUCAAAAAGGACGCUAAAUUCAAGAAACUGGUGCGCAGUGGCAUUCCAGCCUCUGUCAGAUCAAGAGUAUGGCAGUUUCUUGCUGGCUCCAACGACUAUCGCAAGCCAAAUCAGUUCAACAUGCUAGUCCAAAAGCCCCGCACCAAGAUUUACCAUGUCAUUGAACGAGACAUAGCACGCUGCUACCCAGAUCACACGCAAUUUAUGGAUAAAAACGGGCAGGGUCAAAAGGAUUUGAGCAUGGUGCUGAAAGCGUAUUCACAGUACAACUCUCAUUUGGAGUACUGUCAAGGAAUGGGUCGCCUGGCGGGGCUGAUGUUGAUGCAGAUGACGGUAGAGGACACAUUUUGGCUGUUGGUAGCUACCAUUGAUAGAUACAUGAAUGGCUAUUUUACGCCAACGUUAUCCCAGUUGAGGAUCGAUGCGUAUAUCAUUGGACAGUUGCUCAAAGAUCACAGCCCCAAGCUGGCGCAACAUUUGGAGAGCAACGAUGUGCUGCCAAUCAUGUACAUUGCACAGUGGUUUUUAACAGCGUUUACCAUGACGCUGCCUUGGGAUUCAGUGCUGCGUGUGUGGGAUGCAUUCUACUUUGAAGGCAUCAAGGUGUUUUAUCGCGUUAGUCUUGCCAUCAUGGACAUUUGCAAGGACCAUCUGCUCAACAACUGCCCCACCAAUUCUGAACUACUGGCGUUCCUGCUCCACAUUCCUCAUGAAUACCUGCAGCCCAACACACUGCUUGAAACAGCAUUUCGCAUCAACCUGUCCAAAACCGAUAUAAAGCGCUAUGCAAAGAGAGCGGGCAAUGAAGACGCCACCACCUCUGGAUUGCCAUUUGAACAUGGCAUCAAGAACCUGCAAGUAGGCAAUGCCAACAGCACAUUUUAUGGCCAUGGCUUAGGAUUCAGAAGUUUGGGUGGUAAAAUAAGCAAAAAGAGCUCCAACGUGAAUAUUAAAGAUACCAGCUCAUUUGAAUAA